UCCAAUGAAACGUCAAUCAGAUGUCAGUAAGCAGUAUUCAAAUAAUCGCGCGCAAGGAAUUAAUUUCGUUGCGCAUCGCAGACUGUCGCUAUUGCGCAUGUGACGUUAUCAUUUUGAUUGGCGGUGGGGGAAUCAGAGGCAGGCAGAGUAAUCUCUGUGCUUCCAAUUCCAACCAACCCCGCUGCUGGUAACGAGCCUCGUCGCAUUCUUCGUAUAGAAUCGUGCUUUCAGUUUACCACGGUGGUGCGCGUUUGGCGUGUAUUUCGAUGUGUGGCUUAUUGUGCGCCGUGUAGAGAGGUGGGGAGGGGUGGGAGUGAAGGAGGUUGUGUGUAGUGAUAGUAAAAGACGAUGAGGAGGAGAAGUGGUGGAGAAAGAGGGAUGGAAACACACAUUGGUUGAAAACCGUUCACACUACAUAUAUACUUUAGUCAGUUAGGUUUGCGUGCGCGUAAGAGAGUCGUCCUGUUCCCGGACUGUGGAUAAACGUAUGUAUGACUAUUCAUCUCAAGCCUUUCACCGAGCCCCCAUACAGAUGAUGUCAAUGGCACAAUUUUGCAUUGUUACCCUUAUCGCGGAUGGACUUCAGUUACAGUGUUUGUUAUGAUUCUUCUGCCUUUACCAUAUUACUAUCUCUUUCGCUGCGUAGGAAAUACAUUAAUUGCGUGUUAUUCACUAGUCACGGUCUUCUUCUUAUCACCCUGCGCACCGAUUUAACACGGCAGUAUAGUGGCAUGAGUCAAUUAAUCUAUGGCAGAUCAACAAGAUCAGUUGUUGUCAGGGGGGUCUGUAGAGAAGGCCAGUGCUUCAGCGGGGACCUCUAAAACUAGAGAAAAAAGUUCAGGCAGUGGUACAAGCAGUUAUAGAAAGCGACAAAGUAGUAGCGGUAUUUCUGUGCCGGUAGAAGAGAAAAGACGUAGACAAACUAUUGGCAAUCCGCAACAAACUCAGGAAAUUGACAACGCAUCUACGCAUAGACAUUCUCUAGAUACUUCUAAAGGAGAGGAGAAGAUAAAGGGUGAAAGUAGAAAUCAUGGAAGUGGUUUAGGACCAUUCCUAGAUACAGAUUGGAGACUGCAACACAAGGUACAGCAGUCUAAUUGUGGUAUUAGUGGUAAUACAAGAGUACGCAACACGAGGACAAGUUUGCCAGAGUUAAAUUUGACGGCUAUAGAUUGUGUGGCUUCCAGAACUCGUUCUCGUACUCCACAAAAUUCGGCAGCAUUAUUGCAAGCAAACAAUAGCUACAAUUUAUCAUUAAAUAGUGGCUAUAGUAAUCGAAAAUCAUCAUCAACUUAUAGCAAUUUGGCGUCGUCGUCGAGCUCUUCUCCUGUUUCUAGUAAUUCAACUACAUCUAGGGAAAGAGGCCUGAGGAUGAGCGAAUGUCUGGAAGGAUUUGUGUCUGCUGUCAAAGCACUUUUUCCAAUAUCAACACAAACGUAUCAUCAAGAAGGGUCCAAAGCACACGGUGGUGCGACUUGCACAAGUAGCAGUACGAGUAGUCAAAUCUUGGGUGUGAAGUCCAACGUCAGAGUGGGUAACACAGCUAGCAAUUCUGUGGAGAGUGGCGGGGGGGCGUUGGCACAUGACGGGGCAGGCACUAGUGGCAUUACAUCAACAGCCACUAAUAAUCAAACUGUGUCUGCCACCGCUACUGCCACCCCUGCACACCCUCAUCCUUCUCAAAAAAAUCCACUUCGUUCGCGUAUCAAAUUGUUAAGCGAACAACAACCUAAGGAACUGCCAUCGAGUAACAAGACUUCAGGAAAACAUCAUAAAAAAGAUUCCACAACGGGUUCCUGCUCUAGUUCAAGACAUCGUUCUUCGUCAAGAGUACGAAAAUCAAUGGUGGAAAGUACUUCUGGUGGUACAGGAAAUAUAAUGUCAGGGAAUGAAUCUAUAACUAGCAGUGCUACGCCAACAUCCGUAUCAUCUUCUAUUCCUGGUAGCCAAUUAGUUACUACAACAGGCGAAGACGAGGCAGGAUCAGCUGUUACGUCUGCAACCGCGAGCGGAGGACCAUCUGGAUUAUCCGGUACAACAGGAGACAGUGAAAGUGAUGACGGUGAAGUUGGUAGAUUACAAGCGUUAUUAGAAGCUAGAGGUUUACCUCCUCACGUAUUUGGUGCAUUAGGUUCACGAAUGCAACAUCUUUUAAAUAGAAGUAUGGGAGCAAGUUCAGCUGCUAAAGCACAACAACUUCUUGCUGGUUUACAAGCUGUUGAUGACGAAGGCGAGCAAUUACAAGCUGUUAUAGGAAUGGGAGAAAUCCUUGUUAUGGGAAAUGAAGAUACAUUGACAGGUUUUCCUGUUAAACAAGUGGUAGCAGCUUUAAUUAAUUUACUUGGAAUAGAACACAACUUCGUUAUAAUGACACACGCUUGUCGUGCUUUAACAUACAUGAUGGAAGCUUUACCACGAUCUUCUACCGUUGUUGUUGAUGCAGUGCCAGUGUUUUUACAGAAGUUAGAAUCAAUUGAAUGUAUGGACGUUGCUGAACAAUGUUUAACAGCUUUGGCUAUGUUGUCUCGUCGACAUAGCAAAACAAUAUUACACGCGGGUGGUGUGUCAGCAUGUUUGAAAUUUGUUGAUUUCUUCAAUAUCACGGCUCAACGCUCAGCAUUAACGAUCACAGCCAAUUGCUGUCAAAAUCUUCAUCCUGACGAUUUUCAUCUAGUCGCAGAAAGCUUACCAUUGUUAACAAACAGACUGACAAAUCAGGAUAAAAAAAGUGUUGAAUGCGUCUGUCAAGCAUUCAGUCGACUUGUCGAUAGUUUUCAACACGAUCCAGUUAUGUUACAUAAAAUUAUCAAUGCGGAACUUCUGCAAAAUUUACAACAGUUGCUGAUGAUUACACCACCUGUAAACAGUAUUGGCAACUUUAUAACAGUGCUACGAAUGUUAUCUGUGAUAUCAAAUCGCUGUCCUGAUCUGGCACAGCUGCUUUUACAACAAAAUAUAGCUUUCACAUUAAGUUAUCUUUUAACCGGAUCUUUGGAAAUAAAAACUGAAGAUGUAGAAUUAGUACCACGUUCACCACAAGAAUGGUUUGAAAUAACAUGUUUAAUUGAAGAACUUAUGCCUCCACUACCAACCGACGGUAUAUUCAGUGUAAAUAGUUUACUCGAAAGGACCAGUAGUCAACAAGAAACAGUCCAUUGGGAGUGGCGCGAUGAAAGACAUUGUUGCCAUCCUUUCAGCACUAUUGAUUCUAGGAUUAUUGAGAUGGCAUUUCAAAAUGGAGAAGAUGAAAUAUGUCUAUCCACUUUAGGUAGAACAUACACAAUAGAUUUAACUGUGAUGAAACAGAUCAAUGAAGACAUUGGAAUGGCACGAAGUAUAUUUCGCAGAGUAAAUGCUCAUCCUGUAGAGGGUAAAAGUCCAACUUGUUCAUCGAGUAUGGAUUUAGUACCUCCAGUAAUUGAAACUAAUGAAUGGUUGGUAUCUUUUAUACGAACUUUAUUCUCUGUACUCUAUGAAGUGUAUAGUAGUUCAGCCGGCCCUGCUGUAAAAUGCAAAUGUUUACGUGCACUUCUUCGUAUGGUAUAUUAUGCCUCCACUGAAUUAUUAAAGGAUGUUUUAAAGAAUCAAGUAGUAUCAUCGCAUAUAGCAGGAAUGUUAGCGUCACAAGAUUUAAGAAUAGUUAUAGGAGCUUUACAAAUGGCAAGUAUCUUAAUGAAAAGAUUACCGCAAGUAUUUGGGGUCCAUUUCCAUCGUGAAGGUGUUUUACAUCAAAUACGACAAUUGGCUGAUCCUGAAAUACCUCUUGGAGUUUCACCGCCCAAGUGCUCUUCUGGUACAUCAUUACCAAGUCCACAACCAGGUCCAUCUACACCUAUUUCUUCCACCAUGAUGUUGUCCUCUAGUAGUGCUACGUCUCCUAUUGCUUCUCCAUCAACAAACGGUAAUAUAUUAUUUGGUGCAGUUGCGACAUGUCAAAUGAAACCUAACCUAACACCAACGAUGGAUACACAUGGUAGAACCGAUUUAAAUACACCUGUAGAUAAUGCAACUACACCGCAAAGUGCUCAUCUAAGGAUCGGAGAUGUUUUGAAACGAAAACGUCAGAACAAAAAAGGUCGGUUCUCAAGAUUGGGUGGUACGACAACACAACAAACUCAACAACCGGAAUCACUUUUCACCGGUUUUACACAAAAGAAUAAUAGAUUUUUGGGAAAUCUUAAUCCGGCUAGAUGGGGAAGAAAAUCAUCAUCUUCAAGCAGUGUUAGUGAUAAGAGAGACACAAGUUCAUCGACCAGUUUAUCCAAACCCCCAAGUAAUCCAAAUUUAUCAGGUGGUAAUCGGGAUAAGGCUAAAGCAUGGGUACGUGAACAAGCUGCACAAUUCUUAACAAGAUAUCAGGAUGAUGCACCUUGCACACACCCUGCAUUAACGGUUCUUGGGCGACUUACAGCCGCAAUACAACGAUUACAAUCAAAUUUAUUAGAUGAAAUGUACUCAGCGCUUACCGAAUUACGGGAUAUCGUAUUAGAAAGUGAUAUAUCUCCGUUUGAAAUGAAUUAUAGUGGUCUUAUAAAAGCAUUGUUGAACUACCUCACAACCACUGACGCACCUGGAAGUCGUUAUGAUCGUUUACGGAUGUUCUGGCAACGAUUUGCGGAAUCUACUAUAAAGCAAGACAACAAUCUCAUAGAUCUUCAACCUGGAGCAUUCGGUGCUCUUGUAGCAAAAUUAAAUAGUUGUGUUGCCCAAUUAGAACAGUUUCCAGUAAAGGUUCAUGAUUUACCUGCUGGAUCUGGUGCUGGACGUGGAGGAACUAGUGCUCUUAAAUUUUUUAAUACACAUCAAUUAAAGUGCAACCUUCAACGGCAUCCAGAUUGUAAUAACUUAAAACAAUGGAAGGGUGGUACUGUAAAAAUUGAUCCUCUUGCAUUAGUGCAAGCAAUAGAAAGAUAUUUAAUGGUUCGCGGAUACGGUAGAAUACGUGACGCUGAAUCUUUAGUUAGUGACGAUGAUAAUAGUGAAGAUGACAUAGAUGAUACUUUGGCAGCAGUUGUUAUAAGUCAAGGGUCUGCAAAACACAAGCUCCAAUUUUUAAUAGGGGAUGAAGUAUUACCUUUUAAUAUGACCGUAUACCAGGCAGUAAGACAAUUUGGUUGUUCUGGUAUAGAUCAUUCAGAAGCAGAAGCAGAUGGCGAACCACCUUUGGGACACGAUGCGGUAUGGGUGCAAACCCAUACGAUAUAUUACAGACCUGUGCCAGAGGACGAAGCAACAAUGUCAUCCAAGCCAGGAUCAAGUUCGCAAUGCGGUAGUAGAAAAGGAAAAGGCAAAAGUACAAAGAUCAGUUCUAAACGAAAGGAAGAUAGUCUUUGGUUAGAAGGAGUAGUGCCAGCUCAACGAUGUCCACUUGCACCAUACUUAUCACCAUCGUUGCCACCUUCAGUUACUAUCGUCGAUGCUUCCUUAGAUGGCUUGUGUUUGUUGCGGCUUUUACAUGCAUUGAAUCGUCAUUGGGGCGUAUUAUUUCCUCAUUUAAAAAGUAUGAGUCUAUUGUCACCUCAAGAUUUUAUUAAUAACAAGAUUGCGGCAAAAGCCAGCAGACAACUUCAGGAUCCUUUAGUUAUUAUGACUGGUAAUUUACCAUCGUGGUUACAGCAAAUAGCAACAGUAUGCCCAUUUUUAUUCCCAUUUGAGACAAGACAGUUAUUGUUAUACGCAACAUCCUUUGAUCGUGAUAGAGCUCUACAACGUCUUUUAGAUUCUGCUCCGGAAUUGUCAGGAUCUGAUAGUCAAGAACGUGUUACACCUCGUUUAGAAAGAAGAAAAAGAACUAUUUCUAGAACCGAUAUUUUGAAACAAGCUGAACAAGUUAUUCAAGAUUUAGCUUCUAGUAAAGCUCUUCUUGAAGUGCAAUAUGUUAACGAGGUUGGAACCGGGUUGGGCCCAACAUUAGAAUUUUAUGCGCUAGUCUCUAAAGAACUUCAACGUGCUGAUUUAGAUCUUUGGCAUGGUAGUUCUAAUCCUACAGAUAUGGGUUAUGUUAAUCCUGUACAUGGGCUUUUUGCAACACCGAUACCAUGGAGUACUAAAGUAUCACAUUUGGCUAAACUUAAAACUAAAUUCAAGUUUCUUGGUAAAUUUAUGGCAAAAGCAAUAUACGACUCUAGAAUGUUGGAUCUACCAUUUAGUUUAACAUUUUAUCGUUGGUUAUUGGGAGAAGAACAUACGCUUACUUUAACAGAUUUAAUAUAUGUUUGUCCCGAUAUACAUCGUACUUUAACAAAAUUGCAAGAAGUUGUUAGACGAAAAGAAUUAAUAGAAAAGGAUCAAAGUUUAAGAAUAACUGAGAGAGCACAACGAAUUGAAUCGCUCGAUUUAGAUGGUUGUCCUAUUUCCGAGCUUGGUCUUGUCUUUGAAUUACCAGGUUACGAAAAUAUUGAAUUGAGGAAAGGAGGAAGCGACGUGCCUGUCACCAUUCAUAAUUUGGAUCAAUAUAUCAAGUUAGUAACACAUUGGUUCCUCUACGAGGGAGUUUUUAGACAAAUGGAAGCAUUUAGAGAAGGUUUCGAAUCUGUAUUUCCACCUGCGCAAUUGAGAUUAUUUUUCCCUGAAGAAUUGGAAGCAGUGUUUUGUGGACACACCCAAGGUGGUGGACAAUGGGAUACAAAAACCUUAUUGGAAUGUUGUCGUACCGAUCAUGGUUAUACUCCAGAUUCUCGCGCUAUACGUUUCUUAUUUGAAGUCUUAUCAAAAUAUGAUAGCGAGGAACAAAGACAAUUUAUUCAAUUUGUCACUGGAUCACCACGAUUACCUGUUGGAGGCUUUAAGAGUUUGACCCCACCGUUAACGAUAGUACGAAAAACAUUUGAUCCAUCUAUGAAAACCGAUGACUUUUUACCAUCCGUAAUGACUUGCGUUAAUUAUUUAAAAUUGCCCGAUUAUACUACGUUGGAAAUAAUGCGGGAAAAAUUGAGAAUAGCAGCACAAGAAGGUCAACAUUCAUUCCACCUUUCCUAGAAAAUGGAUUGGGAAAAAGAAUCACCACCACCAAUGCCGCCGCAGUCGCCACCACCACCAACACCACCACUACCACAACCACCAUCACCACCACCAACGCAAUGUCGUCAUUCAUCAAUUAAUUCAUUCAUUAAUUCGUCCAUUCGUCCGUUCAUUCAUUUAAGUCAAUAUUUUUUCGCUAUCUCAUUAUUAUUAUACAUAUAUAUUCAGGUUGAGAGACCAAGAAGAUGUUUUAUCAAGUAUAUAUAUAUAUAUGUAUAUGUAUAUAUAUAUAGAUACACACAUAUAUA